AUGGAGCGAGUAAGGAAAACCUUCUUCGAUCCGCUGGCAACAUCGAAGACUCGGGUUCGAGAGAUCCUAGAGGACCUUCCAGUUGGCUCUGCACACCCUUUCAGUCCUGAGCGACUUCUUCUUUGUCGGACAGAUAGCGGCAUUGACGAAAUUGAUAUCUCCUCCUAUCCAGAUGACUUUUUCUUUAAUGCCUUGGACUUGGGCGAGAUGGGUGAGACCCUUCUGAGGCGCAUGGCUGGCUUCAAGUCUUAUUUGGGAAUCUUCGAGGACUUCCAAAUCCUACAAGCACCCGCCCCAACAUUCAAGAUCCCAAUAGUGUCCGACCAAAUUACGAUCCUGGCAGUCUCAAAAAGAAAACCCACUUACUACGAUCUCUGCUUCGCGGAUGCUUCAUACAAGGCGUGUUGCUGGAGAGCAACAAAUACCUUCCCAGGAAUUAGUCACAGCAGCGAUGUCACCAAUGGAAAUGAUCUCCUACAUUUCGUCAGGAUCAAGAAGGAGGCUCUCACAGAGAAAGAAAUCUGCGUGUUCAUAUCUGGCUACCAUUUGACCCCCAUAACAAGAUUCCUAGGAACCCACCCUGCGUUGCUCGUUGCCGAUCAUGUGGAUAAGGUCCUUCAUAUCGUCCCAGUACCCUUGGACGCAGCAACAAUCGGAGACGCAACCAUAUGCUGCCCACUGGUCAUAAAGCGUGAUGGGGACUCUCUAAUCUGCUCAAUCUUAUCGACAGCAACGACAGACCAAGAGAAAAGCUGCUCCGGUAAAAUGUUGGAAAGCGCUUCAUUCCCCGAGGCGAUCGACCGCGCCGAUUUUACCAUAUCUGCUACUUCUCAAACUCUUACAAAAGAUACAGCCAAAAUGAGUGAUUCAGGUGAAGAGAAAGACAGGCCGAUUUCGGGAAGCCUUCGCAACAUCACAAAAGAAAAUGCCGUGUUUACCACCGAUUUGGCCACUCUCCCUUCCUUCCUUGAUCUGGAAAACACACAAAUUAUACGUUUUGGGACUGGCAUUGAAUUCAAUCUACCAGGUGAAGAGCUGCCCGCAAAGGCUGAACCAUCCGCCGUUGUUUUGCCAUGCAUAUUUGGUUCCCGGCUCGAAGGCCCAUUUUUAUUGGCAACAGGAACCGUCCCAUCAAAUGUUCCCUUUGUCGAUGAAAUUGGUAUCCGCGACUACUACAAGCAACUCAAGAAUGUCGUGGUUGUUGUCGAUGAUCGAAUGACAGAUAAUGCCCGCAAUCUUGCAACUGCCUACAGAAUCAAUGCAGUCUUCAUCGUGCAACUUAGUCCACAAACCCAGCCUAAGACUACCGAAGACAUCAUGUCAUUGUUGAACUCAGCGAACAUCAACGCCGUAACAGCACUCGCGGGAACACAAUCCUUGAUUCUAAUCCAAGUCUCCGGGAGGUAUUACUUCUACCGAGGCAUUGCUAAUCGGGCAUACAUCAACACGUCCACAAUGGAAUUCGGCUCCGAUGUGACAUCCAUACUCGAAUCAGUCGGUGUGGAAUCCCUGUUAGAUCCCAGAAUUGAGCGUAUAGUUACUCUCGGCGAUGCAAGUCCGAUCAUCCUGCCCACUUCAGGCCAGUUGAUCCAACCACGGGAUCUUCAGAAGUUGUUCGAUGACCUUUCAAUAGACCAAAUCAAAGGACUUGAAGAGGACAUAUCGGCAGCAGUUCCCCAGCUGCAAAUUCUCUUGAACGAAAAGGACCUACGAGAGUUAUCGAAAGCCUUAGUAUUUGCACUCUCCGAAAAGAUCAGCGACGCAACAACUACCCUGAGGGACACCUACACCAAAUACCUAACUCAAGAGUACAAUAUGGCAGAUCCUGAAUCAGUCAAGAAGAAAAAUGCUAUGCUUGGGAAAUUGAGGAAAAUCACGAAGGGGGCGCAGAUUGCCCUUGAGCCGCUCAUUUCGAGCUUGGCCAACAUAAUGUCAUCCCAAACGACUUCAAAACGCACACACGAUCUGAAGAGACUUGUUCGCCAAACCCAGAUUCAGGCCAAUGUCGAGGCCGUUAAGUCCAUGACUUUUGAAACUCUUGCAGGAUACCUUGAAACAUACGCGGCAGAUAUGGGAGUCAUGCUAUUGAAUAUCGAUACAUCGGCCUACUCCCAGCUCUUGGGCAAGCUGAAAAACGUCGCCAUCGAUGCCAGUCCAUGCUGCGACCUUGACUCGAGAGUUCUACAUCUCGAGGGAUUCGAUGCAGGAAUUAUCAUAGAGCAGUCCCAGGCCAACCACAAUGGGCCACUCCAAAGUCAGGACGGUCCCUCCAGCCCGAUUCUGGCGUUACCAUACCUGAGCCAGGAAUCCGGCACCGGAUCGAUGUUAGCUUGGGUCUGUUGGGACGAAUUUGUUAAUCUCAAAAGUCCUUAUACCGUAAGGUGGAUGGAGAAGUGCAAUGAAGCGCACAUUGCCGCGCUAAGGAUUAUUAUGAGGUCUACUCUGAGUCAAGCGGUGUCGGCCCGAGAGCAUUACAUCCAGCCUAACAGCCCAGAAACUACUCAUCUUAUGAGCGCUUUGCUGAUGGCGGCUAUGUCGAAGCUCGCGGCGAUGAGGACCACGUCGCCGGUUGUGUCACAGGAGGCUGGGGAUACCGUCACGAGAUUGAUGCGAGGACUCUUCGGCAAUAUGUUGACAAUAGCAGGCUCAGGAGUGCGCCCCCAUAGCAUGGUCUGGCAGCUAUUUGGUUUAAAUCCUCAAUACGAUCUUCCCAAAACCGACGUUGAGUGGAUUUGGUACGAGACUGUCGUCGCUUUGUAUCCUUACACCGGAUGGCCCCUUGAGCAGUUCUACGAAAAUCUGGAGAAGCUCUUGGACAAGGCCAUCGUCCGUGUCGUGACCAAGAAUGAAAAGGUGGAUUGGGUGAGAUCAAGCCGAAUCGCUGAGAUGAUCAGGUUUUCCAAACUUCGCAAUAUUCAGCUUCACCAUUCUCGCACGAUUAUCACUGUCUUUAUGCGAAUGCUUACGGAGAGCGAGUCUGAAAUCGCUCCCAUCGCAACUCGUCUACUAGAGCAUCUUCCACAACAGUUAGAGCGACCAAGUCAAGGCUAUGCCAGGAUGAUCCACUACCUUGAACAUCUUUCCAAGGGAGGUCAACGACGUGCCCACGAUGACCUCGUUGCUGUCAACACCUACACCUCGCGCUCAGCUGCCUUUGGCCCACUCAAGAGCGAAGUGUCCGAAGCAUGUAAGGGCAAACAAUGGGUCAAGAUGAAGGACUCCUGUCAAGCAAUUAUGGACAAACAUGCCGACAUUGCUUCUCUCUGGCACGUCAGCCCUGAUGACCUGAAGGUUCAAAACAUGAAAGUUUACAAAGAUCUUCUGGACGCAGACUUCGGGGACAAUAUUGACGAAGCUACCAAGGCGAAGAAUGUCGAACUGAGCAGAAAGGCCCUUGGCGAUGCAGAGAAACAGCGUGUCCCUUGGCAAGUUGGGAAGAAAGGGGAGUUCGGCUCUGACAUCGAGCCUCUGGAUGAGGUCUUCCUUCACGAGAUCCUGACAGGAGGAAGGCCAGAAUUACUCCCAGACGUCGAUUUACCUGAGCGAGCGGAAACAGGGACAACUGCCAUGACUGAAGCUCAAGCAGAAAGUGAAUUCGCCCAAUUCAAAUCGUCGAUGCAGCCUAGUUUCAUCACUACUAUGCAGAAGGACCUUUCCGCGGAAAGUGUCUGCCGUAGCAUCAGUGUUCCAACUACUGCAAUGCGCGUCUUCAUUAAGGCUCUUAAUCCGCAGUUUGUGUGGGAAGACUUGGGGAGGAACUACAAGAGCACAAUGCUAAGGUUGUUGAAGGAUCGUUCGCAUCGGAUCGAGAGCCGCCCUACAAAGAAGUUGCUGGGGCUGGUGAGUGACAAGACGAAGCUCCAGAUUGGCGGAUGA